AAGGGUCACCUUCUGUGGGAGGUGACCUACAGUAGGUGUCACACUGGUACACCUGCUGUCUUUAUAAAAUGACAGAGAUAUCAAUACUUGCACUCCCAGUGUAUCUUCAAUGUGUUGUGUCAAAGUGUAGAGGGGCUUUUCUGUGGCUACAUCAAUACAACACUACAUGUGCUCCAGACAAGCAAGUACAGCACUCCAGUGGACAAGUGUCAAAGUAUCCACAGGCGACCUGAGGAUGAGCCUGCACGUGUGGUGUAUGUUAGUCCUGUUUCUCUGUCCGAGCACUAAAGCGAUGGUUGUGGAUAAAACCACACCAGUAAGAUGGCAUUCAUAUCAGAUGGAAAAAGGACAAAACAUCAUCCGGAACCUCAAAAGGCAUUCAGAUGGGACGUUCAGCAGCGACUUCACCCACUAUUUAGAUAAGAUUAAGGCUAAAGAUUUUGUGGAUUGGCUGGCCAGCACCAAACGAGAAAGGUGUCAUGAAGACCUGCUCCACCUUGCAGCACAAGUUUGAAACAACCCAGAUUACAUGUAAUGUUUGUUUGAUGCUGCUUUCCAUCAUCCAGCACCAUAAAAGAAAAUGAAGCAUCUGCAGCGACAUAGGAAAUAUUGAUCAGUUUAUGUAUUCAGUUUAUUUUGAAAUGAAAGGUACAUUUUGCACAAAGUGAAGAAAAAUAAAGAUGUUGAAUUUCUUAUCUUAUUUUACUUGUUAUUUUUCAAAUGUCCGUCCACAGGCUUACUGUUAAUUUAAACGUAGUCAUGUUUAGAUAGCAUGUGACAGAGGAUGCAAGCUUUAAUUAUUGUUUUUUGCCUCUUAUUUUGAUUUUUGUUGUAGUAUGAAUAAACUAAGAUGCACGAUGAAAAGAAAUAACUUGAGACAAUCAAUUUAGGGUCUCUUUCUGAAUGUAUUGUGAUUUUAACUGUAUGCCUUGAUGUUGUGAUGCACACUAUU